AUGAUACACGCUCCUAAGGAGUACUCGUCCCAAUUACGCAUCUGGCAGGAAAAUGUAAAUACCUCGGAUAUCACCCAGCAUGGGUCUCUGAAUACGAGAGCGUAUGAUGAGUACGAUGUGAUCGCUUUCCAAGAGCCGUACAUCGACUUCUUGGGGAACACCAGAGCCUCGCAUGACUGGCAUGUACUAUACCCUUCGACUCACUUAUCUUCAAACGAGCCUAAACGCUCGGUACUACUAAUCCGCUCCAAUUUGCUCUCCUGCUCUUGGCGACAAAUAGAAUUCCCCUCCAACGAUGUCACAGUGGUUCAAUUCAUGGGCGAUUUCGGCAUUCUCACCCUGUUCAACAUCUACAAUGACUGCAACCAUCAACGCACGCUGAACACUUUG